GGAUUGGCCCGAUAGGCGUGAUGUGAUGUGGAUUGAUUCCAACAUGCGAUUUGGUGUAGUGCAGUUUGAUGUGACUGAAGUUGGUCGUAUCCUUAAAAGAUGGAAUUGUCCAGUAUAGCUCUCUCAACCACUGGUGAAUGUGGGGAUAAUCGUACCUGAUCAUUUUCAAGUUGCACUUGAAAUGUUGAACAUAGACCGGGUCAAAUCGGACGAUAGUGGUGAAUAAUCUGACAUCCGCCUCCGUCAGAAUAUUUCCCGUUAGGUAAUGCUCGCCAUGGUGAUACCGGUUUCUCAGAAUUUCUUCAACCUCGUCAAGUUUCUCAAAAAGCGCCUUGACUUCUUUUUCAUAUGGUUCUUGUUUAGUCGCAAAGCCCGCCUUGUAAACUCCGUUAUUGAUGUUUGGGUAAAUCCAGUCAUUCAGGUCGUCAAUCUGCUGCUGAAGGUCCGAAGGAUACAAAUCAAUUUUCGCGUGAUGCUCGUCAAGGAAAGAGUUGAACUCGAAAUUCAGCAUUCUGAUGAUCUCCGAGGAUUCGUUGUUCACGAUUGUCUCAGUCUUUGUGUCCCAAAGAAUUGGAACAGUGAACCUACCAUCGUAGUUUUUAUCUGCCUUGAAAUAAAGCUCCUUCAGUCUUUUGACUCCGUAAAUUUUGUCUUCAGUAGCGCCUUCGCAUGGGUCAUCGUUGGAUGGGAAUCUCCAUCCCUUAUCAUCCAUAUGCCAAUGGACAACGGAGACUCCAAUUAGUGCGGUCAAUCCUUUCAAAGCUCUCACAAUCAAUGUUCUGUGGGCCCACGGACAAGCAUAGGAGACAUAUAGAUGGUACCUUCCAGCUUCUGGUGGAAAUUUAGCGCCAGCUUUGGAAGAGAUGAAGUCUCUAAAAACGCUUGGCUUACGUUUGUAUUCACCGUCUUUGUCUGCAAAUUUGAGGAUGUCCACUUUAGUAUCACUCAUACUGAUCAAUUGCUAUUCAAAGAGGAAAUCGUUUUAUUUUGUACAGAUAAAAUAGUAGCAAACCUCAAGAGCAGAAUUUAAGAAGAUUAGGUAAUUAUGACUAAACCUGGGGUAGGGCAAUAGACAUAUCAAAUGAGCCCCGGAUGGCCAUAAAGAUAUACAGGAAUGCUGUAUCUGUGUGGGAUCAUAGAUUAGGAGACCAAUUUGAUCGUGGAUGCACUCCAAUUAGCACAAACAUAAAAAAAAUAUAAUGAAUAUGUACUAAAAUUAUAUCUCAGAAUCGAAUGGAUUUGGUGAUUGGUGAACCAUUAUACAUUACUGGUCGAGAUUGUGGAUAUUGCCAUGGGAAGAAAGAUGGAAGCAGAAAGUCAUAUAGUUUACAGUCAUACGAGGAGGCUUACCAUGCGGGAAUUAGACCGUUUGACGAGUAUCCAAACUCCAGCAGCAUAUGCUGCCAUGUAUAUUCGUGUACCCCGGAGAUAUAUGAGCUGAUGAUGAAUCGAGGAUUCAGAAGAUCAGGGAGCUUUCUAUAUCGUCCAGACAUGCUCCGCAAUUGCUGCAGAUUAUACACAAUUAGAUCAAAUAUAAAUCUUUUGAAGGUCACCAAGGAACAUAGACACAAUGUGAAUAGAUUUGUCAGAUUCAUCACAGGGAAAGAGUCUACAAACAAAAACAAACCUUUUGACCUUAAAACCGCGUUGCUUGGAGCCGAAACAAGGACCACAACAUUCAGAACAGUAAUUGGCCCUGCUAGUUUCAGCACUGAAAAGUAUGCGCUGUACAAGAAAUACCAAACAACAAUACACAAUGACGACCCCAAUGAAGUUUCAGAGAAAGGGUUCAAGAGAUUUUUAUGCCAAUCGUUUUUUCCAGAGCUGUACUCGGACUCUCGAUCUUCAGAGUACUGGUCAAAAUUGAAUAGCUGGCGGGAGUUUGAAGUUACAGAUAUUGAGGGUGAACAGGUGGAAGGUCCAGUUCACGAGUGCUACUAUAUUAACGACAAGCUAGUGGCCAUAGGAGUCUUGGAUAUUCUGCCUACUUCUGUGUCUUCCGUAUAUUUCAUAUGGGACCCUGAUUAUGCUCAUCUGGGACUUGGCACCCUUAGUGCAUUACGGGAACUGGUUUUGACGGAACAGCUAGGAAAGAAGUAUUAUUACUUAGGAUACUUUGCCGACGACUGCCACAAGAUGAGAUACAAAGCCAAGUUUGGCGGUGAAAUUUUGGAUUUGACCACUCUCACUUUCUACAGCCUCGAUGAGCUUAAGAAAGUAACUGAAUGCAGUCAACUUAUCGCUUUGAGCGAGUCAGAAUCAACAUCUACAGAGCCAGCCGUCCCUUCAACGAUAAAGCGUAGCCCCGUCAGUCACAUGAUAAAUGUUGCAGAGAAAAUUUACGGGGUGCAGGGAGGGAGUUUCCCGGCCGGCAGAAAAGCGGCACAGGAGAUUAGUGGAAUUCUCGGACUCAGUGAAUUCGGAGAUCAGAAUGACGAUGAACUGUGGAGGCGAGCUGAGGAUUCAACCGUUCAUGCGUUGCCGCUUGUUUCACCUGGAUUAAUUCCUCUUUGGCAGAUUACGGAUUGGGUGGCGACUGGGGCGAUGCGUGACAUAUUUUCGUACUGCCUCGUUUUAGAUCACACCAAGUCGCAACAUGGCCAUUUGUUCGAUUUCUCAAAUAAGAUGUCUGCAGAGUUUAGGAAGUCAUUUAUCGAUCUUUUGCGCAUGUUCGGGGCGAAAUUGUUCGAGAAUGCCAAAAUAGUGUUGCUUAUGUGACGUCAAUGCGCGGGGCAGUCGGGCGGCUCACGCGGGAAUUUUAGUGUUUUGCCCGGCACACAACUCUAUUGUGCCAUAUUUUGCCACCGGGGAAUGACGUGGUUGCUCAAAGUGGCACAAUUUCCACGGUUUUCUAGAUACCGAUAUAUAUACAUAUAUAUACUCUGGAAAUACAGCAUUUCGUUAAGUUGAGAAUUACUCAUUGAUUCAAAAUGGCAAGAACAGAAAAAUGGAACGACAAGGGCUCUCACGCAGAGCCAAAAUACU